GCAAAUAGCUAUAAUCUCUAGGCAGAAUAAAAAUAAGCCUACCCCAGACCUUGCAGAACAGCUCAGAGUGCUCUACGCACGACUGAAAGAGCUCAAUGCAGAGAAAACCAAGCGCAUGCUCCACAAACUGAGGGCUAAUGUAUAUCAUAAUAGCGGGAAAGCAACUAAAUACCUAGCCGCCAGAGUACGUAAUAAAUACUCUAGCGCUAAGAUAGCCCAUGUGAUGGGAGGUGACGGACUAAAAAAAAUUACCCCCACGGAUAUUAGCCAAGAAUUCGCUCAUUUCUAUUCUAAACUUUACAAUUUAAAAGAGGAGGGCAGCACCCACAAUGCUAGGGCAGAAGACAUAGCCCAUUUUUUAACCCAAGCCAACCUCCCCCAAAUAACGAGCGCACAGGCAGAAGAGCUACUCAAACCCAUUGAGCUCACAGAGUUGCUUGAUAUAAUUGCCAAAUUACCACAAGGGAAGUCACCAGGAGCAGAUGGGCUUCCUAACGCCUACUAUAAAAAAUUUGCGCAUGUCCUGGGCCCUCACCUGCUGAAAGUGUACC